CCUACACGAAUGCGUCGUAGUACACUUAGUUCAGGCCGCGGGGCAUGACGACCUGUCAAACGUGUUUUAAUUAGAGGUGAGUUUCGUUGUGCGCUGAACUACUUGAGAGAGCGGCGUUCCCUUACGUAGAGAAUCUGUAUAGGAUUUCGGCUUCAAAUUCCGCACAUUUCAAACGCUAUCUAUCAAGAUGAACGAUUUUGGUUACGGGAAACGGAGAAUAAAUAACGAUCGAGAUGAACAAAUGGAAAUGGAAAAUCGGGGUAGAAAUCAAGACGCAAGACUUGGGACUCUUAAACGAAUGGAUAGCAUUCAGGAUCCGGGAAAAAGAUACGCGCUAAAGGAUCGCAUCGGGGUCGGCAUAUUCGGCGAAGUGUUUGAGGGAAUCGAUCAACAAGCUGGAAAUAAAAAGGUCGCUAUUAAAAUUCAAAAGCUCACGCCGGAAACGCAAUCUCUGAUUGUGGAGGAAUAUCGUGUUCUUCGCGAUUUCGCUGGUCAUCCAAAUCUCCCGGAUUUCUACGGAAUAUAUCGCAAACGAUCCGCGAAAAAAUCCGAAUACGACGAGAUAUGGUUCAUCAUGGAAUUCUGCGAGGGAGGAACAGUUUCGGAUCUCAUUCGCGGAAUGAGUGCAAAUGGCAAAAGAAUGCAAGAAGAGCAUAUUGCUUUCAUCCUAAAGGAAGUAAUCAAGGCUUUAAUCCACUUGCACGAGCACAAUGUAAUCCACAGAGACAUCCGUGGCAACAACAUCGUCCUAACGAAGGAAGGCGAAGUGAAAUUGGUCGACUUUGGGCUCUCCAGGAUGUUGAAGAACAAACUCGAUAAACGACAUACUUGCAUAGGCUCGCCGUCCUGGAUGGCGCCGGAAAUUGUCAAAGGCAGCAACGGGGCUGAUAACGGAUAUGAUAACCGGAUCGACGUAUGGGCGAUCGGCAUCACAGCGAUUGAGCUGGCCGAUGGCAAGGCACCCUUCGAGGACAUGCAUCCGACGCGCGCUCUCUUCCAGAUAGUCCGUAAUCCACCGCCGACCGUCUACCGACCCGCCAACUGGUCGGAGAAUCUCAAUGACUUCAUCUCGGAAUGCCUUGAGAAGAAUCCCGAGAACAGACCAUAUAUAGUGGAGAUCAUUGAACAUCCCUUCCUGUCGGAGCUACCUGAGAAUGAUUACACGCUGACGCAAGAAAUAAAAUCAUUGGUGAUGGAUGUCUCUGAGAAGGGUAGAGAAGAAAGAAAAACAGAAUCGAUAGUUCGUAAUGGUUUUGUGAAGAAUCAUAAGGAUGAACCAGCGGAACAGAUGCUCAUGGAAGAUUUAGCGGCAUUGGAGAAGUUAACCGAGGACGUGAUCUUACAUCAACUUCGCGAAAGAUUAGAGCGGGGUGAAUAUCACACAUUUAUCGGCGACGUUCUGCUGAUACUCAAUCCGAACGAGGAACGCGAUAUUUACGAUUCUUACCAUCACAUGAAAUAUCAAUGCAAAUCGCGAUCUGAUAACGCACCUCACAUUUAUUCCGUGGCGGAUAGCGCGUUUCAAGAUGUUGUGCAUAAUGAAGAACCGCAACACAUUUUGUUAGCCGGUGAGAGCAACUCUGGAAAAACGACGAACAUGCUGCAUCUAGUAAAACAUCUGAUGUUUCUCGGAAAAGGUUUGCAAGACACUGGAUUGAAAGUGCUACGAGCUAUAGAAAUUAUUCAUGCUCUCACUAAUGCAGCAACACAGCUUAAUGCUAAUUCCACUAGAUGCAUAUUGCAAAUACAAACUACUUUCGGUUCAACUGGCAAAGCAUCAGGCGCGAUAUUUUGGCUAUAUCAAUUGGAAAAGUGGCGCGUUUCCAUUCGCGACAGAAAUCAAUCAAAUUUUCAUAUCUUUUAUUAUUUAUACGACGGUCUUGAUGCGUCGGAAAAAUUAAAUGACUAUGGCCUACCAAGUGGAAGAAGACUUCGAUAUCUUCGAAUAAUUGACAAGGAUACAGAGAAGAAACGAGCGUUCAAAGUGAGAAACGAUCCGCAGCACAACGCGGUUAAGUUUAAGGAAUUUAUAGAAAAUGUUAAGUUUAUGGAUCUGGAAGAGCACUGCGAGACUAUUUGCAAAAUUCUCACAGCUAUUCUGAUGUUCGGGGAGAUCCGAUUUGUCGAAGGCAAUAACGGAGAGGCUGAAUUGGACAACAAUGAAGCCGCUAACAAAGUAGCCGAACUUCUUGGCUUAGACGCGAAGAAAUUUACUUGGGCUCUCAUUAAUUAUUGUUUGAUCGUGAAGGGAUCGGCGAUGCGUAGAAAACACACUUGCGAAGAGGCGAAAGAAGCACGGGAUGUCAUGGCGAAUACUCUUUAUCAACGUUUAGUAGACUGGAUAAUCAAUAUCAUUAAUUAUAAACUCUCAUUGACUCGUAGUCUUUAUGGCGACAAAUAUUCUAUCAGCAUCCUCGAUUACUUUGGAUUUGAAUGUUUCUCGGUGAAUCGAUUAGAGCAAUUGCAAGUGAAUACAAUGAACGAGCAAAUGCAAUAUUAUUAUAAUCAAAGAAUAUUCGCUUGGGAAAUGCAAGAACAAGAUGAAGAAGAUAUACCCAUACAAAAAUUACGUUUUUAUGAUAAUAAAGAAACUGUCGAUCAGCUGAUGAGCAAGCAGGAUGGCCUCCUGCGGAUUAUCGAUGAUGCUUCGCGACAAUUGCAAGAUGCUCAGUAUAUUUUCGAGAGGAUCAAAGAGCAUAAAUACGGUACUCAUGUGAAACCGAUGAGUUCGCACGAGUUUACAAUCGCGCAUUACACCGGCAAAUUAAUAUACGAUGCUAGCGAAAUCGCAGCGAAAAAUCGAGAUUUUGUACCACCAGAGAUGAUCGAUACGAUGAGAUACUCUUCAUACGAUACAGUCAAGCAAAUGUUCACCAACAAGCUGACAAAGUCGGGCAGUUUGACAAUCGUCCACGAACCUUGUCUCGCGAGAGAAAAAACAUCGAAAAGCAAAUGGAGUGCUCUUAUGCAGGAAUCUUCCAAUUUUCGCAAAUACAAUACCGCGUCUAAAGGACAAUACUCGCAGACUCGCAAAAUGCGGACGUGCCUGUCGACAUUCAGAUCGACGAGUCUCGAAAUUCUGAGAAAUCUUGCGACAGUCACAGGAAGUGGCAUGCAUUUUGUUAGAUGCAUACGCUCCGACCUCGAGGAUGUUCCUUGCGGUUUUUAUCGAGAAGUUGUCAGACAGCAAAUGAGAGCGUUAGCAGUUCUAGACACAGCAAAAGCCAGACAACGCGGCUAUCCAUAUAGAAUACCUUUCCAAGAAUUUCUUCGCAGAUAUAAAUUCUUGGCUUUCGAUUUUAACGAAACAGUCGAGAUGACGAAGGAUAAUUGUAGAUUACUUCUGGUCAGAUUAAAGAUGGAAGGUUGGAUCAUCGGCAAAACCAAAGUCUUUUUGAAAUAUUACAAUGAAGAAUAUCUGUCACGCUUAUACGAGACACAAGUAAAAAAGAUCAUAAAAGUGCAGUGUAUGAUGCGCGCCUUUUUAGCGCGCAAAAAUAUUAUUUCAAAGAUGAGUAACAUCAAGAAGGAGAUUGUGAGGAAAACGUCAAUUAAGAAAACAGAGUCACUUACGGAAGAUGAAGCGGCAGUGAUGAUACAGAAAGCAUUUAGAGGACAUAAGGUGAGAAAGGAAAUGGAGCCUUUCUUGAAGGGAGAAAUGGACCAAGAAACAAAAGAUUUUAUUAAAUUCUAUUGCAGCAAGUGGAGAUCGAAGAGUAUAUUCCAAGUUCUCUUACGAUAUCGUGCAGCCCGUUAUCAGGAUCUUGUGCAAUUUUCGCAGCAGGUUCAUCUAUAUAAUCAAUCAAUAAUGGCAAUUUUCGAGGAGACGAACAAAUCUGUAUCUCUUGAUAAAAUCGAUCCAAGUGCCAAAGUAGAUGCCUACCGUGAAAUAAAACUACCUCAAGUUCACAAACUACCCUUCAAUAUGCAACAAGAACUAUUAUACUUCGACACAAGUUAUAUGAAUGAUCCUUCAAAUAUAAACAUUAAACGUGCAGGAUCUAUAACAUCCAUGAGCGAUGACGAAUGCGAGUCUUGGGAUACACCGUUACGUAGGCAAACUGUUCCUUGGGCUAACAAUAAUGUUAGCACUAGAAAUGUCGAAGUUCAAACAACAAACUCACCACAUCGCGUGCUCCUUCAUCAUUCGUCAGUCGGUGGGGAACAAAGUUUGAUCAACACUCCAUUCAUCAGGGAUCCUAAUGUUCCGAUUCAAUGUCCACCAGAGAAUCCAACUCGCCACAACAGUGGAAUUUGUGGCUUUCAAACUGCAAAUAAACGUGAUACCAUACAAUCCUCUUAUAUAUCUUACUCUAACAAUACCGAUAAUAGUGGAUGCCGCAAUCAGAAAGUACCAUUAUAUAAUCAAAUGCAACCCUCAGCAAUGCGAAAUUUUAACAAUUAUGAGUCAGAUGUUCGGAACAAAAAGAUAGGUGACACAGACUGGAAGUUUGAGGAUGGAUUUAAUCGCAAUAUCAAUAAUAAUGUUUGUGUAAAUCCCAUCAAGGAAUUGAAAAUGAUUGGACAGAGAAACAACGAUGAAAACGAUGAUGCACCUCCCUUUAACUUCCAGGCGAUGCUGCGGAAAACUCCUCAUCAGCGUGCUUCGAUGAAACGCAAUUCUGUAUAUGAGAGCUCAUCACCGUCAAAACCAGAAUUUUAUCGCCGCAGUAACGAAAAUUUAUGCAACUCGAAUGUCGCCCACAAGAGUAGCGAUAGUCAAGAUUCGCCAGAAUGGAGUCCAAACGAGAUGAUUCUCAUGUCAGAGAAAUACGCGAAACAAGACGCAUGGAACGAAAAUUGCGCCAAUGAUAGUGACAGUGUUACUGCGGAGAUUGCACCAGGCAUUGUCGUCAAAGGCCACGUGGCUGAGCUAUGAAGCAUCGAACAGAGAACAUCGGUUGCAAUAUCAGCAUGUUAUAUGUAUUUAGUAUCAAACUAUGCUCUUUCUUUCUAUACACAGGGAGAAUUUUCCUUUAGAAUGUAUCUUGAAAUUUCAUCGUGGUAAUCGUAGGACAAUGCGUUAUUGAAAGAACUUUAUAAGAGUUUCU